UGUGACGGUUGACUACAGGGCGCUGUUCCAAGUUCCAACGCAUCUGAACGCAUCGUGGCUGAUCGUGGCUUAAAGCUAAAGGACGUCGACGUCGUCGACCAGACGAUCCGGUUCUACGAGAAACGUAGGCAAAACCUCAAGACGGACUCUACGGAAGGAAACGGUCCUGCUAGACUAGAGGCGACCUGAGUGAUACCGUAAUCGGGGAGACUCGCGGAAGAUGGGCAGCGAGGAAGGACUAGGCGUAACCACCGGCCAGCCGAAUCUCCACAAGCAGGACCUGUCGAAGCUCGAUGUUAGUAGAUUAACUGCGUUGUCGCCUGAAGUGAUCAGUAGACAGGCUACAAUCAAUAUUGGCACUAUUGGGCAUGUAGCGCAUGGAAAAUCGACAAUUGUGAAAGCUAUUUCGGGAGUGCAGACUGUUCGUUUUAAGAAUGAACUAGAGAGGAAUAUUACUAUUAAACUUGACGCGGUGGAUUGCGGUAGCAGCGGUGAAUCGGCAGGUAUACCUAGCAGCGUAGAUUGCAAAACGUCAGCCGUUAGCCAAAAACGACACCUCUCCCCUGCUGGAGGCACUGACGCACCGUCGUGCGCCAAGAUGCUCAGACUCUUCAACACAGAAGGCCGCAACAACAUGUCUCAUCGAUUGGACAGCAGAAACUCGCUCUGUUCCACUUCUUCCUCCUCCUCAUUGGUGUCGUCUAUAUCAUCGUCAUCGUCAUCAUCUUCAUUAUCAUCAUUAUCAUCGUCAUCGAGACGCUUGCGAACGCGGCAAGUACCCAUCACGCAGCAGAUGCUCAAAGCGUUCCACAGCAACUCUCGCACGCGUAGCAAAAGUACGAACGCGAGGGAUCCGGGUAGCGAUGGCCGACAAUCCGACUAUGAGGAAUUGUCAUCCGAUGGUAGAUUGUCCGCGCGGGAGGACGUUACAAUUCCGCGUCUUGAACUGAAGGAGGUGCGAGUGAUGUUGUAUGAUAUCAUGCGCAGUGAGAAGCAUUAUAAAUCACCGGCAGUGGCGCCCGACGAGACCUCUCUUGUGUCCAAGAAGAAGACAGAACUCUGGGAGGUAGAAAGAAUCUUGCAGAAGCGCGAACAGAAUGGGGAACCGUCCUAUCUAAUCAAAUGGAAAGACUGGGACAUUACGUACAAUUCGUGGGAACCGUUGCGCAAUCUCGUCAACUGCGAGGAUCUGUUGCGUGAAUUUCAUGACGAGCAGCAGAAAUUGAUUGAUCAGUUCAAGGCGAAGGCGAAUUUCUAUCCGGACAUGUGCGAUGUUGAGCUCUUUGUGGAUCAACGACGGCAACAUAAGAAGAUAAUAUCGAUCGUUGAAGCCACAUCCGCCGCUGCCGUCGCCGUCGCCGAGGGUGGGGUAUACGACGAUAUCCGACGUUUCUUAAACAAUUCGUCGCAGAGUAUCAGACUGGAGGGAAGGAUCAAACGGCAGAUAUUGCGCAUGCUGUUGAUCGAGCUGCGGCGCGAUCAGCUCGAGUCACUGCAGGAUUGGGAAAACGAGAUGAACAGUAUUACAAAGGGCAAACCGACGAUACAGGUGGAGAACCUGGUGGAUCUGGAGAGCGCGCCGCAAGACUUCUACUACAUCGACAGCUAUUUGCCAGGCGCGGGCGUCAUAAUACCGGACGAUCCGCCGAUCGGUUGCGAGUGCGACGGCGAGUGCGGAACCGGCAAAAAGUCCGGCUGCUGUUUCGCGCAGGACGGUGUCACGUCGUUGCCAUACACGUCAGCGCGCCGGAUACGCGUGCCCCUGGGUACACCUAUCUACGAGUGCAACAAACGUUGUGCCUGCGACGCGUUGACCUGUCCGAAUCGGGUGGUGCAGCAAGGUACCGGCACGCAAUUGUGCAUUUUCCGUACGAGCAAUGGACGUGGAUGGGGCGUGCGUACCCGGCGCGCGAUCAAGAAAGGCACUUUCGUUACCCAAUACGUUGGUGAGGUGAUUAGUAAUGAGGAAGCGGAGAAGCGCGGUAAAAAAUACAAUUUGACCGGUCGUACAUAUCUCUUCGAUCUCGACUACAACGAAACUGACCAGUGUCCGUACACCGUGGACGCUGCCAUGUACGGCAACGUCUCGCACUUCAUCAAUCACUCGUGCGACCCCAAUCUCGGAGUCUACGCAAUCUGGAUCAACUGCCUGGACCCAAAUCUGCCGAAUCUCGCACUGUUUGCUAUCAAAGACAUCAAGCAGAACGAGGAACUCACGUUCGAUUAUAUGUGCCAGACGCCACGCGACAACGCGAAGAGGCAACAACUGCUGAAAGACAAACCGGAGGGCGGAAGUGCCGCUACGAAAAACAGGAUGCUUUGCAAGUGCGGCGCCGCGACGUGCCGGCGGUAUUUGUUUUAAGGAGCAUGCCUGCCGCGUAACUUUCACGAGCGUCAAUUGUUGACCUUGAUUAACUCUCUCAAUCUUCUUUCUUUUUUUUUUUGUACAUAUUACCGAGUUAGCGAUGACUAUAAUUUGAAAAGAAAAAAUGCACUAUGAUUGGAAUAGUAACUUGACCAAAAAGUUAUAGUUACUUUUCAAACUUAUAGUCUGCGGUUAUCUUCUUAAAUUUAUUUAACUUGAAAGUGAUUUUAUUGUCGUAUACAAUCGCGGUAAUUUCUCAAGUUUUAAUAAAUUAUCUAUGUUCCUUUAAGUGCUGAAUACUAAAAUAAUUAAUCAAUAUUAUAAAAAUGAAACAGUCUUUCAAGCGAGGUAAUAAAUAAAAGAAAAAAUUUGAAAACUUAAUAACUGAAGUUACUAUUGUGUCUCAUUGUAGCAUGUACAUUGUAGGAUGUACUAUUGUGUUCAUAAUUCACAAUUGUUACGAUGACAUUGAUUAAAACUUUACCUUUAUUUUUUGACGUCUGCCAAACAAAUGAGACUUUAAAGUACAAACUUGCAAACUUUAAAUUGUGAGAAUUUAUCGUCGUGUAUGGGUUAGUGGAGAGUCGUGGAUGAGCAUAGAAUAAAAAAAUAAUGCUAGGAGCUUAACUAGGAGAUGGAUGUGACUGCACAUAGUGACAUUUUAUGUGAAUAUUGCCAUCGAAUAAUAAUAAUAAUGUUGAGUUUCUUGAAUUGUUAUGUGGUAUGUAUACUGAAUUGUUAUAUGAGAGAGUGUGACAAAGCUGUUUGUCGGUUUUGUUUUAACACGUUCUAUGCUCAUUUUUAUAUUCAGCAUAAUUGUACAAAAGUUAGACGCAAACGCGAGAAAUAUGAGGUAAAAAUUCGCGUUUUUUAAUCGCGUGGUAACGUGGGGGCAGUAUCAAGUGGCUUUUAUCGUAUAUUGGUCAUAUAUUUUGUAUAUUAAUGUUGUUUUUUUAGUUUCUUUUUUUCUUUUCUUAGAGAACGCAAGUAUAUAUUCCUUGCGUGUAUCAAUACGUAUUACAUUUUGGAUGCAUCAAGUUUGCAGUGUCUUCUGAUUAGACUUUCAGAGAAAGUCGAGAACCUUGUUUGUUUCACCUUUUAAAUCUUAAUAAUUCAUAUUUAAUUAAAUGAUUAGAGACAUUUAAAGAAACAAAGUUAAAGGGAGGAAAACAAAAAGACCUUCUCGAAAGAAGACAAGAGACGUUGCGAAUGUGAGUCAUUCACCUGAGCGCAUAAAUCAUAUGUUAAAAAAUGAUACUGCUAUAGUGAAAACGUGUGCUGACACAUUUUCGGUGUCUUGAUGUUCACCUCAGCACGUUGAUUGUAAUAUCAUCAUAAUUUAUAUUAUAGCCGCGCGUCAUAGAAUUUAUGAAUAUUUAUUUUGAUUUUUGCUCGCCACACAACCGCGAGUGUUCAAUAAUUUGUCCGUGGGUGCAACUAGGGUCUUUAUUCAUAGAGUAAAGAAAUAGAAUCUUUGGUACUGCAUUUCUGGAAUGCGUCGUCCGAUUUAACAUGUAAAUUUUACGAUAAACGUGAUUCAACGCCACGGGCGAAGAAGUGUUCUAUUUUUAUUCCAAGAAAUUGCGUGUUCCAAUUACUUCUAUAUUGUAUAUUUUGUACGGUAAUUGAUAGUCACUAGUAAAUCUUCGUAAGGGUUUCUGGAGAUUGGUGUAAUCCCGGGAGUCGACUGUUUACAUUCUGAAUAGCCAAUUAUUGCAUUUAAUUAAUUAAGGUACACAUUACACGAUGUAUAAAGCCUAAUUCGACAGAUUCAUUAUAUAGUUAAGAGUUUGAUCGCGUUGAAAAAUUCAUUGCUCAAAUAUGCUUUUUUGUAAUAAUAUCACGCAGUUAAUGAUACGGUAGUAAAUGGUUAUUAUUGCAUUGCAGUAUUAAAUAAUUAAUGUUUUACGUUGUCAUUGUAUCGUUUGAUUGCUACCACAUCGGAACGUAAAGGGUCGACGUAAAUUUAUAUACAUGCGUUAGUUGUUAAAAAUAAAUCAUUACUUUUAAGUUGUAUGUCGUCUUAGAGCUUCAGGACUGUUUCGGAAUAUAUAUGCCACUCUGUCGUCAUAUUCUCUUCACAGAGAAUCUUAAUCGGUGACUAUUUUCUUACAUCUUUUCACGCGCGAAAAUCACGCGAAUACGUCACGAAAAUACGUUUUAUAUUUAUGGCCUAUGACACAGUUUAUACGUACAAGUCGGUAAUAUAAGAGAUUACAGUUAAUAGUUAAGAAAGCAUAAGAUUCCUGUAAGAUACUAUAAGAUUCAUGCACAUGUCGUUGUCUUGUCGAUGGAUGAAUCUGAAAAUAAAAUCUCGCACGAGGUGAAUUACAAUGUCGCGUUUAUCUCUUUUGAUAAAAUUAAUCUAUUAUCGCAGAAAGAGUCUAUGACAUGAUAUAGUCGGUUUAUUUUUCCAUGGAACGAGUCGAUGAGAUUAUUUCGAUGACAUUUCGAUAUAGUAAUAUAACACAUAUGGCUAAUUUUAGCUUAGAAUUUUUAUGAUGAAUCAAGGAAGCCGUCUGAUGAAUGUGGGCGACAAGCAACGAGAAACGUGGAGUAUCAGAGACCAUUAUCUGAAAAAUGUUUGUUUUUUUUAAUAUAUAUAUGUAUGCUUUUGGUAUUAAAAUUCUUACAAUUUA